CCGUAAAUGAUAUUUAAUUAAAGGGAAAGUGUUUCUUUAAUACAUGAGUGAAAAUGGCGUUGAGUUCGGCCGCGGAACAAUAUUUUCGUUCAAUUAAUCCUAUUGCCUCAAAAAUCUACGAAGAUAUUGAUGAAGCCAGGAAUUCCUACGAGAAUAUAUGGGACACGCUUACAGACAAGGAAAAGACAGAAAUCAUCAAUGAAUCGAUAAUAAAACCCGAAAUAGCGCUGAAAUAUGCCCUUCUCGAUACAUUGGACUUCGAUCUCAAUGACCCACCAGUACGUAAAGAUGAUCUCAUGUCAUUUUUUGGUCGAGACCAUGGCCAGAGGAUCGUCCAAGAUGAGCAGGGGUCAUACAAGGAUGAACAUUCCGCUCCUUUUCUUUAUCAGACGAAAAGCCAGCUGAAUUUAUGCGUCCUUGCUGAAUUUAGACAUUCCAAAGAUAUUAAGCCAAUAUCGCCUCCACCUGUUAUGUCAGAGCUGGCGAUGUCACAUUCAAAAGUCGUCAGCGAAUUGAAGAAUGCAUUAAAGUCAAAUGCUUUGAAGAGCUACAAGGAUUGUCAGGAUAAGGAGACUACGUCACCCACUGGGAAAUUUUUCAAUAAAUUUAUUGGAACCUUCAAACCCAAAGACGAGGAACGUGAAUGCCUGGUUUCAUCAGUGCCGCAGUCGCAGAUUGUUGCGUCGUCAGAGAACUUCUUCCGAACGAACUUCAAGAGUCCGCAGGCGGACAGCAAGUUUGAAAAGGAAUAUAGGAGCAGCAUGGCCAAAUCGAUCAGUGAUUUGUCCGAUGAAAACCGCGGUCUUCUCUCGAGUCACGCUUCUUCCACGGAUUUCCAAUCGACGGAGACCCUCACCGAGUCUUCCGGCGUUCCGAAGACGGGCUAUGACUUUUUGGACAACUGGUAAUUGUAUAAUAAGUUGCAGGCUUGUCACAAAUCCAGCAACAAGAAAAGAAAAAACCUGACUGAAGAAAAAGCCUGACUACUUUAAUAAAUAUGACCUAUAUAAUAUUUUAUAAGAGGAUUCUUAAAGAAAAUGCUAGAACUUCGACAAUUUUUGUAUUUUUUUUACGAAAUCGUGUGAAACUACUUUCCAAGUUUUAUUGAAAUUCAGUUACCGGAAUGUGCGCGACACAGGAUUCA